AUGGGAGCGGAAACAGUUGGUGCAAUUUGUGAUGAACUUGCAGUAGAGGAGAAUGCAACGUUACACAAUAUUAAUAAAGAACGUGCAGUGGAAGAUACUGCACCACCCCCAGUCGUCGUGCAAGGUUAUGGAUAUCAACGAGAUCUGAUAAGUCGCAAGUCACUCUUGGAGGUGGUCAAGGAGACUGUAUUAUCCCAUCUUACAAAGAAAUGUCCCUCUCAUGUUCAAGUGAUUGGCCUGCUCUGUAGAACUCCCCAGAAAGAAAGCAGACAUGAAUUACUUAGGCGAGUAGUUGCAGGCGGUGGUGUAUUUAAAAGUGAGAAUGGCACAAAAGUUCAUCUUCCAGGGGCAAAUUUAAAUGAUAUAGCGAACCAGGCUGAUGAUCUAGUCGAGACGAUGGAAUCCCGGCCUGUUGUUCCUGAUCGGAAACUACUUGCGAGGCUUGUUUUGAUCAGAGAAGAAGCUCGUAAUAUGAUGGGAGGUGGAAUACUUGAUGAGAGAAAUGAUCGUGGUUUGAAUACACUCCCUCAAUCAGAGGUCAACUUCUUAACUAAACUUGUUGCUCUGAGGCCAGGGAAAACUGUGCGGGAGAUGAUAACAAAUGUAAUGCAAGGAAAAGAUGAAGGUGCAGACAACUCUAGCAGUGAUGAGGAAAGUACCACUGGAGAAAGGAAGCCAAGUGGAAUUGCUGGAAGGGCUAGCGUCACAGGGCGUAAACCACUACCAGUCCGCCCUGGCAUGUUCCUCGAGACUGUGUCCAAGGUGUUAGGUGGCAUAUAUGCAGGAGACGUCCCUGGCAUCACAGCACAGCAUCUAGAAUGGGUUCAUCAAAAUACACUUCAAAUUCUUCAAGAAAUGGCAUUCUAGUUGCUCCGGCUGCUCUGGUAUGUUGUGUUACCAUUUUUUUUGGCUAUCAUCAUUUAGAUGGACCGACUCCGUGUGAAUGACCAUUUUUGAAAAAUAUAAAUCUGGUAGAGCAUUAAGGAAGUGACGCCGGUCAGGUAUAUUGUAAUUUCAAUAUCAAAAGCAUACCCAACUUUCAUUUCAGACAGUGGGUGUUCUUGCAGCAAACCUUCAAAACUAAUAUGUCCGCAACAACUCUUCCUCAAAAGCUGUUGUCUGAUCUUACUCUAGGAUUAUAACUUAAUAAGUACAUGGGAUGGUUGAAGUGUCGUGUUCCACACCAAUUUUUUUUUAGAUUGG